GAGGCUUGGGUUUAGCCGAGAAACACAUCAGUUGCGGUGAAGUGAUUUGACGAAGGGAGUCUCGUACGGUCGGUCUAUCAGUAAAUUGCUUCGGCUUUCUUAAGACGCAUCUAAUGUUUCUCUUGUCUUCAGAAAUAUAAUAGGCACAGAUCCCGCUUUUUAAUAUUUGCAUGCCCCCAGAGGAGGAUACGAUAGCCGGUCUACGGCUGUUUUUCAGUUUUCUUUUAUUAUCUCUCAUGAUACACUAAUUAAUCGGAGGCAUGUGGAAAUUUUCAAGGAUUACGAAUUGGUUUUCAUUAGUCUGUCUGCUGUUAACGUUACGGGCGAAGGUGUCCCAGUCCUCGGGCUAUUUUGAGCUGCAGCUGAUUACCGUUCAGAAUGUAUUCGGUGAGUUGUCAGACGGACAGUGCUGCGACGGCAGCAGGAACUCGGAGGAUCGCGUCUGCAGCCGGGACGAGUGCGACACUUACUUCAAAGUCUGCCUGAAGGAGUACCAAUCCGAAGUCACGACCAAUGGCCAGUGCACCUACGGACAUGGAUCUACUGACGUUCUUGGUGGGAAUAUUAUCUCCUUUAGAAGCGCCGAAAACAAUCCGAAUAGAAUCAACGAUGCUGGCCGAAUCCUUAUCCCAUUCCAGUUCGCUUGGCCGCGGACGUACACUGUCAUCGUGGAGGCCUGGGACUGGGACAACGGCACACACUCUGGCGGGGGCCUCCUGAUUGAGCAGAGUAUCCACACGGGCAUGGUGAACCCCGGCGACGAGUGGCAGUACAUCAGGCACACCGGCGCCACGGCAACCCUGCAGUAUCGAUUGCGCGUCCGCUGCGACCUCCACUACUAUGGAAACAAGUGCAACAAGCAGUGCCGGCCGAGGGACGACUACUUCGGGCACUACGUGUGCGACCAGUUUGGCAACACAGGCUGCCUGGAGGGCUGGAUGGGGCCAGAGUGCCUGAUAGCCAUCUGCAAGCAAGGCUGCAACCACGGCACCUGCAAAGUCCCCGGCGAGUGCAGGUGUAACUACGGCUGGCAGGGGCCAUUCUGUGACGAGUGUCUCCCGCACCCGGGCUGCGUCCAUGGGACCUGCGUCAAGCCUUGGCAGUGCAGCUGUGAGAAGAACUGGGGAGGACUUCUGUGCAACAAAGAUCUGAACUACUGUGGCAGCCACCAGCCCUGUGUCAAUGGCGGGACGUGCAUGAACACAGAGCCUGAUGAGUACAGAUGUGCCUGUCCUGAUGGCUACUCGGGCAAGAACUGCCACAUCGCUGAACACGCCUGUGUGUCCAAUCCCUGUGCCAAUGGGGCCACUUGUCAUGAAGUGUCGACCGGCUUCGAAUGUCAGUGCCCCCCCGGCUGGUCUGGGCCCACCUGUGCCAAAGACAUGGACGAGUGCUCCUCCAGUCCCUGCUCCAACGGUGGGACAUGCAUCGAUCGGGACAACGGCUUUGAGUGCCUCUGCCCCCCGCAGUGGGCGGGGCUCACCUGCCAGAUCGAUGCUAAUGAGUGUUUGCGGAGGCCGUGCCGUCACGCCCACUCGUGUAAAAACCUGAUUGGCAGUUAUCACUGCAACUGCCAGCGUGGAUGGGCCGGACGCAACUGUGACAUCAAGAUGAACGCCUGCCGUGGACAGUGCCUGAACGGAGCUACGUGUAAGAAGGAGGCCGGUGCCUACCGCUGUCUGUGCCCGCCUGGCUUCAUGGGCCAGCGCUGUGAGGUCCAGCAGGCCGCGUGUGCCAGCAGCCCAUGCCAGCACGGGGGCCAGUGUCACCCCCUGCAGGACAGCUUCAUGUGCUCGUGCCCACUGGGGUACUCGGGCACCUUCUGUGAGGUGAAGCACAACACGGACCCCUGCAAGCCCAGUCCCUGUCAGAAUAAGGCCCCCUGCCAUGCCCUCGAUGGGGGCUACUACUGCGCCUGUCCCAGCGAAUACGAGGGGAAGAACUGCACCCACCUGAAGGACCCCUGCAAGGCCACUGCCUGCGAAGUGAUUGACAGCUGCACCAUCGCCGUGGCGACAAACUCCACAGAGGAGGGCACGCUUCGCAUUCUGUCCAAUGUGUGCGGGCCCAACGGGCACUGCGUGGGGCAGCCUGGCGGCGGAUUUUCCUGCGCCUGCAAGCCUGGCUUCAGUGGCAUCUACUGCCAUGAGAACAUCAAUGACUGCGCGUCCAGCCCCUGCCAGAACGGCGGCACCUGCGUCGAUGGCGUCGGCUCCUUCCAGUGCUUCUGCGCCGACGGCUGGAAGGGCGCGCUUUGUACCUUUGACGUGAACGAGUGCAGCUGCAAUCCCUGUAAGAAUGGUGGUCACUGUGUCGACCUGGUGAACGACUUCUACUGCGAGUGUGACGGCGGCUGGAAGGGCAAGACCUGCCACUCACGUGAAAGCCAGUGUGAUGCCACCACCUGCAGCAACGGUGGCACCUGCUACGACCAUGGAGACGCUUUCCGCUGCGCCUGCCCCCCCGGCUGGGGGGGGCUCACCUGCAACACAGCUAAAAACAGCACGUGUGCCUCGAACCCGUGCAAGAACGGCGCCACCUGCGUGGGAGGCAGCGAGGCCUUCACCUGUAUCUGCAAGGACGGCUGGGAGGGCACCACCUGUGCACUGAACACGAACGACUGUAACCCUCACCCCUGUUACAAUGGUGGCAUCUGUGUGGACGGAGUGAACUGGUUCCGCUGCGAAUGUGCCCCUGGAUUUGCCGGCCCUGACUGUCGCAUCAACAUUGACGAAUGCCAGUCCUCGCCUUGCGGUCACGGCGCCACCUGUGUGGAUGAGAUUAACGGCUUCCGCUGUGUGUGUCCCCCUGGCCAGAUGGGGCCUCGUUGUCAGGAGUUCGCAGGUUUCGGGAAUGCGUGCCACUAUGCGGGACUGCAGAUCCCCCAUGGCAGUCAGUGGGACCAAGACUGCAAUACCUGCCAGUGCACUGACGGCAACUUGGAGUGUACCAAGGUGCUCUGUGGGCGUCGGCUGUGUCUCCUCCAUGAGAAUUCGGGUCAGGACCGGUCCCCCUGCCCUGGGGACCGACCCUGUCAGGAGCAUCACUUCCUCACCUGCUUCUCUCCGCCCUGCCACCGCUGGGGCGUGUGUGCCCAGCCUGACGUCCCCAUCCCACUGCGCAGCAAGUGUGAGCCCAACAGCGGCUACCUGGACAACAGCUGUGCCAGGAUCACGCUCAUCUUCAACAAGAACAAGGUGCCCCUGGGCACCACAGUGGAGAACGUCUGCUCAGAGCUGAGGUACCUGUCGGCCACCCGCGCUCUAGCCAAAGACCACAACCUGCUGCUGCUGUGUGACCUCUCGCCCGGCAAUCCUGACGCAGUGGAGGUGGCCGUUUCCUUCCAGCAGGAUGACGUGGACCAUCGUUUGAUCCAGGAGGCAGCCGGCGCCAUCGUCGGCUCGCUGUCCAAGCGGCACAACAGCAGCCUCAUGCUGGCCAUUAUCGAGGUCAAAGUUGAGACGCAGGUCUUGCCCAAAUUGGCAGACUACCUGGUGCCAGUCGUGUGCGCAUUCUUCUGCGUGCUGUCAUUCUCCUGCCUGGUGGUCUGCGUCUGGUGGACACGCAAGCGGAGGAAAGAGCGGGAGAGGCGGCAGCCAACAGCGCUGGACGAGAACAUCAACAACCAGUGGGAGGCGCUACGGCCCAUAGUGCGGCAGCAGCUCAAGGACAACAAGGAGGCGGAGAAGGAGUGCAGGAAGCUCAUGCCCUCCCCUGACAGGACUUGCGACGAGGAGGAGGAGGAGGAAGAGGAAGAGGGCAAUGGGCCAGUCACCGUAGAGUUGGACAAGUAUCCCGGGCAGCAUGUGCACCCCAGGACUGCACCCCUGGUGUGCACCACACGCAGCUCUGCCCAUAAGCAGGCUUACGUGGCACUCAGCCCCAAAGACAACCGCUGGAAGAACGUCAACCGCACCAGCAUCAGCGAGAAUCUCAAAGAGCAGAGCGUAUGAAGGCCCGGGGAGAACUACCACGCCAUCGCUGGGUCGGGGAGAACCACCACGCCAUCGCCGGGUCGGGCAGAACCACCACGCCAUCGCCGGGUCGGGGAGAACCACCACGCCAUCGCCGGGCCCCUGGCUCACGUCCGUGUUUCACUUUUUGUAAACGAUUUAUGGCUCAGAGAUGGAGCCCAGAUUUUUUUUUUUUUUGUAUUAUUCGCUUUGUUUUUAUGUAAGGAUGAGACUAAUUUUUUCUUAAUUUGAAGUUAAAGGAAACCUAAGUUUGCCCAAGUACAGUUAUGACUGAAGCAGGGCCGAGAUUAAUGGAUUACACAAGUAAAAGAAGAGAACGAUGGACAUUUUUUUUUCUUUGGGGAAGUGCGGAUUAUGGCUGAGUGGCAAAUGAGAUUUUUACGAUUCUCCAGAACGGCGGCAGG